UCCUCCGCUCAUAGAGGCGCGGGGCGGAGAGAAGGUGAUCAAUCUCCAUCCGUCUCCAUUAGAAAUCACCUUUAACAGCCUGACAGACGACGACCAGCCCCCCUGAAAAAAGCAAAUGAGUUUGAUUUGUGCGGCCGUAAAAACGCCCGGAACCGCGGCGAGGACGCGCUGAGCCCGUCUGCGCCUCCUUAAAAAAAAUAAAUAUAUAUAUAUAUAUAUAUAUAUACAUAUAUAUCCCGUGAUGCCGCUGGCUUUGCGCACUGUUGUUUGGUUUUGAGCAAGUCUUCGGCAGGUUUCCUCCUACUGGAUAAUUUUACUCGCCUCUUGCGGUCCGAGGGCUCGGGAGGAAAGAAGGAAGGAAGGAAGGAGUAAAACAAGUAACUUGAAUCGGUCCCCUGCUCCGUCAAGCUGCAGCAUCGGGGGAAGCUGAACCACUGGCCUGAGCUGGGUGGAGCAGUGACCGCCUGUAGCAUGAUGUCCUACCUCAAACAGCCCCCCUAUGGGGUCAACGGCCUGGGGCUGAGCGGCGCUGCCAUGGACCUGCUGCACCCCUCGGUGGGGUACCCAGCGACUCCCAGGAAGCAGCGGAGGGAGCGGACCACCUUCACCCGCUCGCAGCUGGACGUCCUGGAGGCUCUGUUCGCCAAAACCCGGUACCCGGACAUCUUCAUGCGGGAGGAGGUGGCGCUGAAGAUCAACCUGCCGGAGUCCCGAGUUCAGGUGUGGUUCAAGAACAGGAGGGCCAAGUGUCGCCAGCAGCAGCAGAGCGGCAGCAGCGCCAAAGCCAGGCCGCCCAAGAAGAAGUCCUCUCCGGCCCGUGAGAGCACCGGCUCGGAGAGCAGUGGUCAGUUCACUCCUCCCGCCGUGUCCAGCGCCGGCUCUUCCUCCUCCUCCACCUCGUCCACCAACCACACGGGGCCCGCCGCGCUCAGCAGCACCUCUACCUCCAUCAGCACCGUCUCCUCCAUCUGGAGCCCCGCCAUCUCUCCGGGAAACGCCCCCGCGCCUGCCGUCGCCCCGCUUCCCGAGCCGGGACCCCCGUCCAACGCCUCCUGCAUGCAGCGGUCCGUGUCGGGCUCGGCCGCCGCCGCCACCUCCUACCCCAUGUCCUACAACCAGACGCCGGGCUACGGCCAGGGCUACCCGGGCCCCUCCAGCUCCUACUUCAGCAGCGUAGACUGUGGCUCCUACCUGGCGCCCAUGCACUCCCACCACCACCCCCACCAGCUGAGCCCCAUGACGGCCUCCUCCAUGUCCGGCCACCCGCACCACCACAUCAGCCAGUCGUCGGGGCACCACCACCACCACCACCACCAGGCCUACGGCGGCUCCGGCCUGACCUUCAACUCCUCCGACUGCCUGGAUUACAAAGAGCAGACGGCGGCCUCGUCGUGGAAACUCAACUUUAAUACCACGGACUGCUUGGACUACAAAGACCAGGCCUCCUGGAGGUUCCAGGUCUUGUGAUUCAGCUUUUUAACUUUUUUUUUUGUUGUUUUUCUUCUUGGCUUCUUUUCCUGCUGCCCCCUCUUCUAUUAGUUUGUUGCUUGUUAUUAAAAACAAAGAGUUUAUGAACCAUAACGACUUGCUCAGCAGUCGAACUGCUCUUCUCCCCACUUGUCCUCCGUAUUAUAGAGAAAAAAAGAAGAAAAAAAUUACAAAAAAAAUCCUGUUGCGCAUCAGGAGCGACUUUGAGGCGAUUUCUAAAAAUGUGGAGGAGCUUAAACUGUUCUACAAAACACGACUCGGACAAACUCCUACAACCACCAGCCCUCUGGACGGGAGGAAUAUUUUCCCCUCCGUUGCACUGACGGGGAAACAAACUGCCCUCCUGCCCCUUUUACCUCCAACCCCUGUCAGAUUCUGUGCAGUUUUUAUUUCUCAAAAUUUGUUAUUUUAGGACAACAGAGAUUUUUAGUCAGCUGCAUCACGGAGCUGAAAUAUGUAAAUACUAUUUGGGUCAGUUACAGUGACCAUGUUUAGUUUUUUUUUUUUGUUUUUCUUUCUUUCUUUCUUUUUCCGUUUCUGAAUUUAAAAUUGUUUAUAACAACUUUGGGAGGAAAAAAAAAAAAAAACCACGCUAUGUAAAUCUUUCUAAAUAUUCCAAAGAUGACAAAUUGGCCAUGAAGUUGCGUUUUUUCACAUGGGGGUUUUAUUCAGAAAAAAAUACUUAAAACUUUUGGAUGUCUUGGAUUUAACAAAAGGGGGGAAAAAGGCAUCAGACCAAACGUUAUUCCAGCCUCUCCAUCUUCCAACCAGAUCUCCUCUCUUGAGCAUUGUGGUGACACUGGACAUGUUUGAACCGCAGCACUUGGCUUAAUUGUGGGGUCAAAGUAUUUUUAUUUUUUUUUUGUGUUUUAUUUUUAUUAUUAUUAUUAUUAUUAUUAUUGGAGGGGGGAAAUGUGGAUUUAAUGCUCCAAUAAGAGAGUGAGAUGUUGAAUGUAUCUCAAAGGCAACCACACUUGCAUACAUGUUCAUCCAAUAAAGAUCCCUUAAGUCCAAAUUAAUUUUCCAUAA